CGCAUACGGUGGAUAGCAUUGACGACGAAGCGGGACGACACAAACACAAACCCAAACCCCGUCAGCCUUCACACGCCCAACAACGCAACAACGCAACAACGCACGAACGAAAGCAACACACUGUGUGUGUGCCCAGGAUCAUCACCAACGAGGCAUACGGCGCACUCUCUCUUGCUUGCAACAACAACAACAACAACAAUUCUCACGAGCAAAGCCGACGAAACUUGCGUUCCAGAGCAAGGCACGACUACCGCUGUGCCAAGAACAGCCACACAACCAACAAGCAGCAGCAACAGCAACAGCAACGCACAGAUACAUAGCACACAACUCACUCGUGCGUGAAGCGUUUCCCCGACCCGUCUGCUGUGCGGCAACUCCGCCUGUGUUCCUCUGGACUCGGGUCGACCCGUCCCACCCCCGCACAGCCACCAACACCGAGCGAGGCAUCCACGACAAACCCUCCUCUCCCCUGCGUUCCGCUCUCGCGCAGCGCUUUUAAUUCCCGCUCGACGACACACGCACACGAUUGCCAUGGAGACUUCCCUGGGAACCAUCGAAGAUGGGUAUGAUGUGCUGAAGAAGGCCGGUGAAGGAACCUUUUCAGAGGUGAUCAAGGCAAAGAGGAGAACGGACGGAAAAGUGUUUGCAGUGAAGAGGAUGAAGGGCAAGUUCAGCAGUCAAGAACAGGUGGACAAACUCAGAGAAGUGCAGGCUUUGCGCCGCCUGCGGAACCACCCAAACAUCAUUCACAUGGAGGAGGUCAUCUUCAACAAGGACAAGCGUUCGUUGGACAUGGUGUUUGAGCUGAUGGACAUGAAUAUUUAUGAGCGCAUCAAAGGCCGGCGUAACCACCUCCCCGAGGAGCUUGUCAAGCGCUACAUGUACCAGCUCUGCAAGGCCCUCGACUACAUGCACAGAAAUGGCAUCUUCCACCGCGAUGUCAAACCAGAGAACAUCCUCAUCAAGGACGAGGACCUGAAGCUUGCUGAUCUUGGGUCGUGUCGGGGCAUCUAUUCCAAACCGCCCUUUACGGAAUACAUCUCCACCCGCUGGUACCGCGCGCCAGAGUGCCUGCUCACAAACGGAUACUACGGCCACAAAAUGGACAUGUGGAGCGUCGGUUGCGUCAUGUUCGAAGUCAUGAGCCUGUACCCGCUGUUCCCUGGCUCGAACGAGCUUGACCAGAUCAACAAAAUCCACGACAUCAUCGGCACCCCGCCGCCGCAGGUCAUGAGCAAGAUCAGGAAGCACUCCUCACACAUGCGCGUCAACUUCCCAGACAAGCAGGGCAAAGGCCUGCGCAAGCUGCUGCCGAAUGCGUCUGAGGAGUGCGUGUCGCUGCUUGAGGGCCUGCUCGACUACGACCCCGACAACCGCCUCUCUGCGCGCCACGCCUUGCGCCACCCGUACUUCAAGGAGCUGCGAUCCGAGGACAAGCGUCGUGCCAAGACGGCAGCAGCGGCGGAGGCGGCGGCAGUAGAGCAGCACGCGCCGGACGACACCGCCAACGCAACCGCUCGCCUCGCCAACAUGUCCCUCAAGCCACACGACGCGCGCAAGCUGGUGCACGAUGAGCCCUCGCCGCGCCGCCACCGGUCGCUGCGGUCCUUCCGUCGCCACGGCAGCAAGAAGAGCGACGGCAGCCCUGCACCAGAGCCCGUCCCUUCCCUCGGCCACCCCAUGCUCGCGGCGUCCGCUCACGUGUCGUUAUCGCCGCCGAAACCGAAACAGAAGCACCGCCUGUUCCGCAAGGGCCACAGCAAGAGCAUGAAGGAGGGCUCGCCAAAGCUUCCCCCAAUUGUCAUGGGCAGGCAGCCCGGUCGCUCCCUCACACACCACUCGCAACAAGGAUCAAAGCUGCCGAGUGUGUCCAAGAGAUGAGCGAGCUGCGUGUGUACUGGUGGUUGUGUCUGACCGCGCAUCACAACACACACUCCUCUCCCUCCCUUGAUGACCGACCCCCUUUGUCGCGUGGCUGUUCCUCUUUCUCUCUUCGUUCCCACGACGCUCCCCUUUCCCCUUUUGCCGCUCGUUGUAUAUUCUUGCCUUUGUUCCAUUACCUUUAUCAUCAUUUCAUCACGCACGCCCCACAAAUCCCCCGACCCAUUUAGCUUCUUCCACCCUCUACCUCCUCCUCCUCCUCUCCUGCUUCUUCUUGAUGUGCACUGCUGUCUGUCAUGAAGUACCUUUCUUCGCUGGUGAUGGGAUGGUGUGCCGUGUCCACCACGGCUGCUGCGCCCGCCCCGAUCCUCCUCCCAUUCCCGUGCCCAACUGACACUCCCCCCCCCCCUUGUUCUUCCUCCAACUCCUCCUUGUUGCUGUCAUCCCUCCGCCUUUCUUCUUUCUCGUUCAGAAAUGCAGUACAUGCAUGCAAAGCGUGUACGCGCCCCUUUACCCGCCCCUUCGCAGACAUUGUGCAUGCCUUCCGCAUUUUCACACGCUUAUGCGUUGUACCUUACACGUCGUGGCCCUUGUUGCUAAUCUGCCGACCUGCCUGCUAAAUUCCGCCUCUUCAUGGAUUGCAUGCUGCAUGUAUGUGCCCUUUCUCCUCCUUCCAUUGUGCCCUCUCACCCUCCCUCCGGACUACACCAUUGCUCCCUGUGUCCUUCUUUCCCUCAUCUGUCUGUCUUCUUCCCCUUGUCGCUGUCUCUCCCUUCACUCUAUUGUUUCCGUUCACUCGUAUCUCUCUCUCUCUCUCUCUCUCUCUCUCCCUCUUUCUCUCCCAUCAUGCCCUCUCUCUGUUCUCUUCCUUUUGAAACUCUCAGGGAAUUCCUCUCACCAGCUUGGUUUCUCUCGUGUUGUGACCCCUUGCGACUGCCCGUGCCGCUGGUGCGUGUUUCAGCGCGCGCGCACGUGUGUGGUUCUUGGGUUGCCCUUGGGUGGCUGUUACCAUCAACACAAGCCUGUAUUGCUCACCCCAUAUUGCUGAUUUGAUUGAAUGUGAUGAUGGUUGUAUGCGUGCGAUGGUUGUUGCACUGCCGUUGUUCUUCUUCCCUUGUCGUGUGUGCUGGAAGCGCGAGUGGUGGCUGAUAUCUGUGUGCUGGUACGAGUGCGUGCUGUGUUGUGUUUGUCCCUUCCCUGUUGCGGUUCUGUUUCACUAUCGACAGCGUCUCUAUUGACCCCUUCAUCAUCAUUAACAACCCCCAAUGUCAACGA